AUGCCCUUCGCCAAGCGGACCGUGGAGCCUCAGCGGCUGUGCCGGCGGCAGCCCGCCGCCUCUGUGCUGGAGGAGAGCUGGGUCGCGGAGCCGCCGCCGCGGGACCCGCCGCCGGAGGAGCCGGGGACGGCGGGCGAGGGCACCGAGGCGGCCGGCGGCGGGGAGAGGGAAGCGGCGGCGGUGCUGAUGGUGCUGGACCUCUGCUCGGUCAGCAACGUAGCCCUGUCGCGGAUCCUCCGACAGCUCUCCGACGUGGCCCGGCACGCCUGCACCCUUUUCCAGGAGGUCGAGGCUGACAUCCAGGGCACUCACCGCCGCGUACGGGCGCUGCACGGCCGCAUCGCCGGCCUCCAGGGAGCUGUGCGCGGCCUCGACCCCAAGCAGGAGGCAGUGCCUGUCUCCAACCUUGAUGCAGAGAGCAAACUGAGUGUCUAUUACCGAGCACCUUGGCAUCAGCAAAGAAACAUCUUUCUCCCCUCCACUAGACCGCCCUGCGUGGAGGAGUUGCACCAUCACGCCAAGCAGCACCUGCGAGCCUUGCGCAGAGAACAUCGAAGCCGAGGUGAUAACAGAGAGCAAAAAGUCCAAGGCCCCAUUGCUGUGGUGGCUCCCCCCUUUCCUCCCUUCCCUGCAAUUUGCAGUCAAAAGAGGCAAGCAAUAAAGGACCGGCACUUGCUACCAUCCCAUCCACCAGAGGACGAAGAUACAGAUGUCAUGUUAGGGCAGAGGCCGAAAAAUCCAAUACAUAAUAUCCCUUCUACACUGGAUAAACAAACCAAUUGGAGUAAAGCACUACCUCUCCCAACUCCAGAGGAGAAAAUGAAACAAGAUGCCCAAGUGAUUUCUUCUUGCAUUAUCCCCAUCAAUGUCACUGGAGUUGGUUUUGACAGAGAGGCUAGUAUACGCUGCUCUCUUGUUCAUUCACAAUCUGUACUACAGCGGAGACGAAAGUUGAGGAGGAGGAAAACCAUCUCUGGCAUCCCCAGAAGAGUGCAACAAGAAAUAGAUUCAGACGAGUCACCAGUGGCAAGAGAGCGCAAUGUGAUUGUGCACACAAACCCAGACUUCUCUGGCUCCAGCAACAGGAGGUCGGGGACCCGGGACUCGGAGUGCCAGACGGAAGAAAUCCUAAUAGCUGCUCCCUCACGGCGACGGAUCCGUGCCCAGAGGGGGCAGAGCGUUGUUGCCUCCCUCUCCCACUCUGCUGGCAACAUCUUGGUGCUGGCAGACAAUGGGGAUGCCGUCUUCGCUGCCGCUGUAAGCAACCGCAUCCGCUCACGGAGCCUUCCUCGCGAGGGAGCCCGGGCCAGUGAGGGCCAUCAGGAUGCCACUACCAAGAGUGGAGGCUAUGAAGCAGAGCACUUCCUAGCUGGUCAGGAGAGGAUCCCAAAAAAAGGAAAGGAGGUCUUGAUCAAGCAGGGUUCACAGGAACGCCAGCCCAUUGGUUUAACUUGUCCUCAGCACCUGCACAGCCCCGAACACAGCAUCGGCGAGAGAGGGAGAUCACGGCUGUCGAGGAUGGUCGAUUCAGGCAGCUGUGAGAUUUCGUCCAACUCAGACACUUUCGGGAGCCCAAUUCACUCCAUCUCCACAGCAGGAGUCCUGCUCAGCAGCCACAUGGACCAGAAAGAUGACCACCAGUCCUCCAGUGGCAACUGGAGUGGGAGCAGCUCAACAUGUCCCUCCCAGACAUCUGAAACCAUUCCUCCUGCUGCCUCUCCUCCGCUAACAGGCUCUUCGCACUGUGACUCUGAGCUGUCGCUCAACACUGCUCCCAAUGCCAACGAGGACUCCAGUGUCUUCACAGAGCAGUUUGGUGACCAUGCAGACAAGGUCAGGGGCCACAGGGCGAGCUCCUUCACCUCCACUGUGGCAGAUUUACUGGAUGACCCCAACAACAGCAACACGAGUGACAGUGAGUGGAACUACCUGCACCAUCACCACGACGCCUCCUGUCGCCAGGACUUCAGUCCUGAGCGUCCAAAGGCAGACAGCCUGGGAUGCCCCAGCUUCACCAGCAUGGCCACCUAUGACAGCUUCCUCGAAAAGACCCCCUCUGACAAGGCAGACACUAGCUCACACUUUUCUGUGGAUACUGAAGGAUACUAUACCUCCAUGCACUUUGACUGCGGUCUCAAGGGUAAUAAAAGCUAUAUUUGCAACUAUGCAGCCCCAGGCUCCGAGAUUGGCCAGACCGGGAGCGUGACUUCCAGCCUGGCUGACUGCACCUGGCAGGAGUGCAUGAGCCACAGGAGGCAGGGACGGCAGAGCUUCUCACUGAAGAAACCAAAGGCAAAGCCAGCCCCACCAAAACGCAGCUCGUCUUUGAGAAAAUCAGAGGGCAGCACCGACCUUCCUGACAAGAAAGAACCAAAGAUCGGUGGCGGACAGCAUGUCUCUCACACUGCCAGGGAGAUGAAGCUGCCCCUUGAAUUUUCAAACACACCUUCCCGAGUGGAAGGCCCCAACCUGCCAGCCAAGCAGGAGCUUCCCUGGGCAAACCAGGGUGAUGGCGGGUUAAAAGACACUGCGUUUGACACCGCCGAUAUCCCCUCCUUUAAAGAUGAAGGUGCUGAACAACCUCACUAUGCAGACCUCUGGCUUCUGAACGACUUGAAAUCCAGCGAUCCUUACAGGUCCUUGUCCAAUUCAAGCACCGCUACGGGUACUACAGUCAUAGAGUGCAUCAAGUCACCAGAGAGCUCUGAAUCCCAGACAUCUCAGUCUGGGUCACGAGCUACUACCCCAUCCCUCCCCUCUGUUGAUAAUGAGUUUAAGCUGGCCUCUCCCGAGAAGCUGGCGGGGUUAGCCUCACCUUCCAGUGGGUACUCCAGCCAGUCGGAGACGCCCACCUCUUCUUUUCCAACAGCUUUCUUUUCGGGACCCUUGUCUCCAGGGGGGAGCAAGAGGAAGCCAAAAGUACCAGAGAGGAAGUCAUCACUGCAGCAGCCACUCUCAAAAGACAGCACUGCCUCGGUGAGCAAAGACCUUGAACUUCCAAUUAUACCUCCUACUCACCUUGACCUAAGUGCUCUUCACAAUGUCUUGAGUAAGCCCUUCGCUCACAGGCACCAGCUGCAUACCUUCAGCCACAGCAAGCAGAGCGCAGUCGGGGAAGCCCUGCAGCCCAGCCCUCCCUCCGCCCUCGCCAUCACACCCUCCGUUCUCAAGUCUGUCCACCUCCGGGCAGUCAACAAGCCUGAAGGAGUGAAACAUAAAGGCAGUACCCCAGACCUGCUGUGCAUACAGGAGACUGCCUUGACACCAACCGAUGUUUCUCCAGGCAAAAUGAGGCCGCUCUUAGCUAAGAAACCAGUAGCACGCCAGUACUCUACAGAUGAGGCCGUAAUGCUGUACAUUGACACUUCCCCGGCAGAAGCAGGCCCUGGAAAGCCGCCUUUAGAGAAAAGCUCCUCUUUUGGCGGGCAGAAUAGCUCUGAGCAGGAAGCUGUAACUUCAGCAAGCGUGAGUCUGGUUGAAAUUGAACCUGAAAAGGACCAAAUGCACCUGGUUGCUGAAUGCUUACCAGAAAGGUCUCUGAAUCAGACGUGUGCCAUCUCCGUGGAUGGGUUUCAGAAGGGCUCAGCUGUCCCCACAGGUGACGACGAAGCAAAGAAACCCAUCCAGGGACCAGAAAUAGUGUGCGACCUUCAGCAAGUGCAGGCUCAUCAAGAGCUCUCCACAGGCAGUGAGGGGAGGCUGGAAGCUGGGCCCGUGGGUGAAAGCCCAGCUCAUGAUGAGGGACCAACCAUCAGCUAUCAGUUUAAGCACCAACCCGAUGUAAGCCACCAUGUGCCUGGGAAUAUCGGCUAUGAAGCAGAGAUGGCAGCAGUUAAUUCACUUGGUGAAGUGGGUUGCAAGCAGGAAAAUGGUAUCGCAUCAGGUAUCCCAACCAAAAGUGCCUCUGAUGACAGCAGGGCAGACGAGACAGUGGGCAGCACAGACGAGCCUUCACUGAAAGAGUCUUCUCCAAGCGAUGAGUCCAUCAUGUCUCCACUGAGCGAGGAGUCACAGGCUGAUGCUGAGGAUGUCUUUGUGUCUCCAAACAAACCCCGCACUACCGAGGAUCUGUUUGCAGUCAUUCACAGAUCGAAAAGGAAAGUUCUUGGGAGAAAGGAUUCUGGAGACCUUUCUGUAAGAAACAGAUUGAGAGCUUCAUCUGGGACCAGCAGCCAGCCUCUCACUAGCAGCACGCUGCCCACCAGCAACAUGCCAUCAGCCGGCAGCAUGGGCACUCCCAUUAGCAGUCAGAGGUCACCUGGGCUCAUUUACAGGAAUGCCAAAAAGUCCAACACAUCUAAUGAGGAGUUUAAACUACUGCUACUUAAAAAGGGCAGUCGAUCUGAUUCCAGCUACAGGAUGUCUGCCACAGAAAUUCUGAAAAGUCCUAUUUUGCCCAAGUCUCCCGGAGAGCUGAUGGCAGAUGCCCUUCAAAGCAUGGAAGAGUCUCCUCCUGUGACAAGCCCUGACACAUUGUCCCCGCUCUCCCCCUGCUCCCCCAGGGUUAACACGGAAGGAUUCUCCUCCAAGAACUUUCCCAUGUCGGCGUCGUCGAGAGUGGGGCGGUCGCGGGCGCCUCCAGCAGCGAGCAGCAGCCGGUACAGCGUGCGCUGCAGGCUGUACAACACACCCAUGCAGGCCAUCUCAGAAGGAGAAACGGAGAACUCAGAUGGCAGCCCCCACGACGAUCGGUCUUCUCAGAGCUCAACAUAGGCUGUGUGGGUGCCAGGCUGCCAACACCACCUGGGCUCUGUAAGGAUGUCAACAUAAGAGGCCAAUGCUGUAGCAAUUCAAAAAAAAGAAAAAAGAAAAAAAGAAGAAAAAGAAGAAAAAGAAAAAAAAUUGCAGGGCAGUAUCGAUGCUCAGAUGUGUUUGCGUUCAAAAGACGCUGGGGAAAUGAGGACUACAGCUGUAGCUAUUUAUUACAUUACAUUUUCUAAAAGGAGGAAGAUAUGCUAUGUCUGUUCUGUUUUCUUUUGACUUCAUUUGGUUUAUCACACUCUCAUUUCCAUUAUCACUGUAGAUUUCAAGGGUAUACACUUUCCAUAGAGUUAAAGGUGACCUUGGGUAUUUUUUUUAUCCCAGAAGCUGCCCAUCAGAUACAAAUCCCUCACUGUAGUGCUUCCCUAGGGAGAAAAAAAAAAAAAGAAAAUGCUCUU